CAAUACGCGUUGCCAUUGUAAUACGAAAUGGAAUAGAAUUGAGCCGCCACAUUCACACAUUGGAGAGGAACUCAUGCAUUAACUUUAAACAAAACUGCCUUAAUUAUUAGUCACCCCACUGCCCAGCAGAGCGUAUCUCCCUAAAACCGGCGAAUCUAUUCACUGUAUUAUUGUUUGCUCGCAUGUUCGCCGGUUCGUCCGCUUUUACCGCGUCGUUGCUAACGUUGUAUUUUGAAUGGAUACAUUUUAUAUAUCAAACCGAAAAUGAAGUGCAAAAAAGUGGCGAGUGCUAAAGUUCUCUUCGGUUUCUUCAACACCAUAUUCUUCGCUUGCGGAUUCGUGGAAGUAGUUUGCGGGUUCCUGUUGCUAGUGGACUCGCGGCGCGUGCUGCUGUCGCGGCUGCUGGCGGCGCCGGACGGGCCGCUGGCGGAGGCGCCGCUGCACUACGCCGCGCUGGCGCUGCUCGCCGCCGGCCUGGCCGUGUGCGCCGCCGCCGCUCUCGGCUGCUGGGCCACAUACAUGCCGUCAUAUGUCAUACUCACAUUUUAUUUCCUGAUGGUGCUAGCACUGCUGGUGUGUUCGUGCCUCGGCGGGGUGACGGCGGCGGCGUGGCCGCGCUGCGCCGGGCUGCAGAGCGCGCGCGGCGGCGCCGUCGGCGCGCUGCAGACCUACUACGCCGUGCCCGACUACGAGCACUUCACUGCGGCGCUCGAUCUCGCUCAGACCGAGCUGCAGUGUUGCGGCAUGACGGACGCGCGGAACUACGACCUGUCGGUGUGGCAGCUGCGGCGGCUGGGCCCGCGCGGCAUGGCCGUCCCGCCAAGCUGCUGCGUGCAAGCGCCGCCCGCGUCCCACCUCAACCCCACGCCCCGCAACGCGUCCCGCUGCCAGGAGGUCACGCCCAACGCCGAGUUCAGACACGUAGUGGGAUGCUUGGGCAAAAUAGAAGACUGGUAUCAGCAGCAGUUCAUCAUAUUUAUGCUGAGCCUGUUCGUCGUCGCACUCCUCAAGCUCGCUAUCCUGCUCAUCACCAUAUUCUCCUGCAUCCGGCUUCGGAAGCACAGGCAGGAGAUGCACUCGUUUAUAAUGAAGUCCAUCGACAACAAGACUAAUGAGAACAUCUACGGCACGAAGAUGGGCUCGAUGCGCGAUGAGCCAAUCAUGGCGAAGUACAUCCAACCCAAUAACUUCUACAGCCCCCGCGUGCGAAACCCGAGGAUAUUCCACAGUAAGCCCAACGAGAUGGUAUGAGAAUUAGCCGCGGAGAUAAAUGCUUUAGAGAGGAAACUGGAGAAGUUCUCCGACUACUUGUACAAGCACGAAGCAGAUUCAAUUAUGUGGUGACUUGGGACGUGCCCUUCAAGUACUGUUUUAUUUUUAGAUUACAAAAAAGGCGAAUACUACUUACACGCUUCGAAUUCUGAAAUAUCAAUUCAUUUCUACAUUACUAUACCUGCCGCGAUAGCAACUGGCGACAGAUCAUAAUGUUAUCUCCUUUACCCUUGUUAAGACCAACCAAGAGUGAAAGAGAUGGCAUUAUGACCUGACUAGCCACUUAGUUUUGCGGCAAGUGUAGAAACUUUAAACCGAUGUGGCGUCGCUAGUACGCUAUCUCGAUCAACAGUCACAUCAUCAACCAAGUAAUAGGAUUUGUAAAUUAAUUUUUAAUAAUGAAGACUGUUUUUAUCCUCGUAAUUUUGAUUUAGUUUUAUGCCAUUUUGUACUUAAUAUUAAUACCGACAAACACAAUGUGCCAUAGAUUAUAUUUGUAUUGU